AUGGUGUGUUUGACUUUAAUAAUUAUUAUAAAUGAAUUCUUAAGUAGAUUUUGGAAAAUCAGCUCUUUUGUUAUAUCUUUUUAAGGAGUAGCUCAAGCUUGUUUAUACACAAAAUUGUAUAAUAAAAAUAAUAUAUAAUUUUAUUUAAUUGAGAGAUAACAUUUAUUUACAAGCACAGUUAUAGAUGCAACAAAUGAUUUUAAAUAAUUGUGUUUGAUUCAUUUUAAUUUUCUACGUAAUUAGCUAUGGAUUAUAACCUGAAUUAGAGAGUUAAGAAGAAUAUGAUAAUAGAAAAUCAUCCCUAUAUUCACCACUUUUAAAGAAUAGACAAUUUAAAAGUUUAGAACCUUCUUUAGAGAUAUAUGUUUAGCCUAUUACUGCAAAUUAAAAAAAUAAAUAUUAAAAAGUACAAAAAGUGUUGAAACAUUAUCAUAAUAAUUAUCUUAAAUAAAGAUUGAUAAAUAAUAAGAU